CGGGGGUCAGAGGGCGAGAAGGGGUGGGGCUCGGAGGGCGAGACGGAACAGCCAGGGAGCGGGGCUGAGCGACCGGCCCGACUUGUUUUCUAGGUGCCAGAAAUAAUCCACACGGGAAGGUUUUUUGAACUUCUGAUGCUGGUCAACUGAAAAUCUCGCUGGAGUUUUACUUAAACUGUUAACCAGCCAUGUCUUAUGGAAAAAAUAAUGAUAACUUGGGAGAAACGGAUCUAUCUUCAGAGGCACACCAACUUGCUCAAGUUAUAAGUUCCAACAUCCAGAAGAUUGCACAAAAUUCUGCAGAAAUCAAGAAGAUUUUAAGCUACUUUGGAAAACCUCAGGAUAAUGUAGAACUUCGACAGCAGCUUCAGCAAAAGCAGCAGCUAGUCAACCAUCUUGCUAAAGAAACUGAGAGGAACAUAAAGGAAUUUGGAUCACUAAAAUAUGCUAAUGAACAGCGACAAAGAAAGCUAAUGAAAGAUCGUUUAGUAGCAGAAUUCACUACAGCAUUGACCAAUUUCCAAAGAAUCCAACGAGAAGCUGCUGAAAAGGAAAAAGAAUUUGUAGCAAGAGUACGUGCUGGAUCACGCCUGUCAACAAAUGAUAGCCAAAGAGAUGGAAAUCUUGUGUCACUUGAAAGUCAGGAUCAGUUUCAAGAUCAAGUAGAAGAUGGAAUUACAGUAGAGGAGUUGGAGCUCAUCAAAGAGCGAGAGUCUGCUAUUAAGCAGCUGGAGUCUGAUAUCCUGGACAUUAAUGAAAUAUUUAAAGACUUGGGAAUGAUGAUUCAUGAGCAAGGAGACCUGGUUGAUAGCAUAGAAGCCAAUGUGGAAACUGCUGAAGUACAUGUUCAUCAAGCAAACCAACAACUUAGCAGAGCAGCUGAUUACCAGCGGAAAUCUCGUAAGAAGAUGUGCAUGUUAAUCGUGGUAUUGGUAGUCUUAUCUGUGAUAGUGGGAGUCAUUAUCUGGGCAUCUGUGAGGCAAUGAAUUCAGAAGAUUUAGCAUAAGACAUUGCACUCGAAUGCUGGCGUAACAUUAAACAUCAAUAGAGUUGGGGUUACUUACUGAAGCCCAAAACAUUAUUCAAACAAAUAAUUUAAAAAAUUAAACAUAUCCAAAGUGUGCUUUCUAGCAAUAUGUAAUAGAACAUGUAAUUUAUAAUUUAAAAUGCCAUGCUUUGCAAAUUCAAGUGUCACUGUUUUACUAAUAUACAAUGUUAAGUUUCUUAAUGUUUGGGACAAAAUGACUUAUGAAUUUUUUUUCUGUGCCAGGUUGCCACAUCUUAAUCUUCAAGCUCUGCUGACUAUUGUAGAUUUAUUUUAGUUUGACCUAAUUUCCAGACAAAAAUCAUUCCAUUUGGUAGAAAUGUGUCUGAACCAAUGCUGAAAUUGAUUUUUCAGUUUUGCAUUAAAAUGGUGCCAGUUUAACCUUAUCUUUUUUGCUCCGUUGUUGACAGCUUUGGUUUUGUGCCUGCCAUUAAUAAUCACUAAAUGAAGUAACAAUGCACUUAGUCAUAUUAACAGUAUAUAACUAGACUUCUUACUUAAAAUUAACUUGCAAUUGUCUGGUGUUUGCAAUAUUUGCACUGAAUGGAACUAGUCUGACUUUGUACCACGUACUCCCCUUUGUAUUGUGUGUAAUCUUAAUGAACAAUAUGGAAAGGCCUAUAUUUAUAUUCCUGGGGGAUGCAUUACACAUUUUAAUACAAGUUGUGCCAUUUUGAGAUUGUAUGCUUGCAUAUGGUUUUUCAGAUUUGGAUUAAAAUUAGACUGAACUGUAUAACAAAAUGCAAAUAUGCUGCUUAAAUAAACUAUUUGUCAAUA